UGCUAAAAUGGCGGAGCCGCGGGUCGAGGAGCUGCACCAGGAGGACACGGGCUCAAAUGAUUUCAACUCCUUUGACAACGAAGAUGUUGGAAGUGUCACUGUUGACUUGAGCUCUGAGGCAAAUUGUAUUCAACCAUGUUUCAAUCCAAUUAUCAGUACUGAUGUUCAAGAUGAUACCUUUUCUGAAACAUUGGAUCCGAGUGCAGCUUCUGGAACAGCAGAGAGACACAUCUCUAUUCAACAAACUCUAAUAGACUUGAAGAAUCUUAUAGAUAUUGAUGGAGCUGGCAAAAAAGCUUGUCCCUUGUGUCCAGAAGAAAAGUUUAAACCCAGCUACGGCCAUAAACUACGAAGACAUUUGCAAAACCUACAUUGGAAGGUUUCUGUAGAAUUUGAAGGGUGCAGAAUGUGCAUCUGUCACUUAACCUGUCGGCCAAUGAAAACCAGUCUCAAUGGGGAACAGACCCCAGUGAGGCUAGGAGCGCAUUACCACUGCAUUGUCUGCUCAGCCACCAUUGCACGCAGGACUGACAUGAUCAGCCACAUCAAGCGGCACAUGAAGAAUGGAGACACAGAAGCCAGCUUCACUGGAGCCACUAGUGGGAAUCAGUCAUCUACUGAAGUGAUGAAAGAGGUUGACACUGAUGUACAUGUUUUUCCAAACUACACCACUCCUCAGAAAACAGACUCUUUCUUUAACCCCAAAAUGAAAUCUAACAGACAGUUAAUAUUCUGUACGCUCGCUGUGCUGGCACAGGAACGCAAACCACUGGAGUGUUUAGAUGCCUUUGGAGCCACAGGAAUCAUGGGGUUGCAGUGGGCUAAGCACCUUGGGGAUGCAGUGAAAGUCACCAUAAACGAUUUCAGCGAGGGCUCGGUGAAGAUGAUCCAGGAGAAUUGCCAUCUGAAUAGAAUGAAGGUGCUAAUGACUGGAAAGGAGGAAGAUGAGGAGGAUGAAGAUGAGAUUGAGGAAACCGAGGAGCCCGCGGGGACCAUUGAAGUCACCCAAAUGGAUGCCAACGUUCUCAUGCACUUGAGAGCGUUUGACUUCAUACACCUGGACCCAUUUGGAACAGCGGUAAAUUACGUUGGUGCUGCCUUUAGAAAUGUGAGGAAUCUCGGGAUAGUGUCUGUUACAUCCACAGACGUUAGCUCGUUGUACUGUAAAGCCUUGAAUGUCACCAUGCGCCAUUAUGGCUGCAACAUUGUCCGGACUGAGUACUAUAAGGAAAUGGCAGCCAGAAUGAUCAUUGCUUCUGUGGCAAGGGCUGCUGCACGCUGUAAUAAGGGCAUUGAAGUUUUGUUUGCUGUAGCUCUGGAGCACUUUGUUCUUGUGGUCGUAAGGGUGCUUCGAGGCCCCUCCCAGGCAGACGAUAGCCUGAAGAAAAUCCGGCGCCUGAUCCAUUGUCAGUGGUGUGAAGAGCGUGUCUUCCAGAAAGAGUGUCACAUGGUGGAAGAGAACACAUACCGUCAGCUGCCAUGUGACUGCCAUGGAAGUAUGCCAGGAAAGACAGCAGUGGAACUUGGACCAUUGUGGGCAGGGCCUUUGUUUAACCCCGGUUUCUUGCGGCGGAUGCUGUUUGAGAGUGUCCAGCACGGGAUUGAUGACAUCCAGCCUUUGCUAAAGAAUCUGAUCUGUGAAUCUGAAUGCACAACACUGAAACACUAUUCAAUAUUUGGACCAAUGAGCCACAGCAGCCAAGAGGAAAGUGGGGUUGUGAUCAAAACCUUAACCCCUCCUAAAUUUGGAAGUGAAGGCAGUGGCAGAGAGAAAUAUUCUGUGCAUGGCAAAAGAAAGGGUGGUAACGUAUCUAGGAACUCAGCAAAACGGCAGAAAAAUGAUAUUCCCAUAGAGCAUCCUCCCUUUUAUUACAGCAUCCAUCGGCACAGUAUUCGAGGAAUGAACAUCCCAAAGAUCAACAAAUUUCUGCCCUACCUCACACAAGUUGGAUUCCGAGUUAGCCGUACCCAUUUUGAUCCAACAGGAAUCCGUACAGAUGCCACCCUGGCACAGUUUAAAACCAUUCUGAUGAAGUAUAGUGUACCAACAUAUACUGGCAACCAGCCUGGAAUUCUUGAGCAUAGCUCAACAGAACCAUCAGAAUCUGUGGGAGAUCAUGCUGACCUACUUGGUCAGACUUCAACAGAAACACCAUUAGAACAUCAGCCAGAACCCUCUGAGAUCCCAGAUGACAUCUCAGCUAAGCCUGAAGCAGAUCCCAUUGAGCUGACUCAAGACUUGAAGGCCGAGUGAUAAAAAUCCACAUACAUCCUGCAUGCCCCAAAUGAUCCCUUGUAUCAUUUUUUAAUCCAGAUUGAAUUUGAAGUUGUCACUACUACGGCCUCUGGAUUCGGGCAUCAUUAAGGAACCAACAUUAGAUGUGUAAUACUCCAGUUUUAAGUUUAAAGAACAUGGCUUUCAGCUUUGAGUAAUUAAAAAAAACCAAAAAACAUUAUUCAUCUAUAACACAGAUAUUGUUUGUGAUUCGUAUUGAUGUUGUUGUGUAAUAAACUUUGCAGAAUGAG